UCAUGCACUUGUCUUCCACAGAGACUGUUUCAAAUGUGACAGUAAGUGUGAAUCCACCCUCCCUGAUGGAGUUCAACAGCUCAGCAGUCAUUACGUGCUCCGUCUCCUCUGGAUCCUCCCUCUCUUUUCUCUGGAAGAAUGGCAGCUCUGAGGUUGCAGCAGGUGACAGAGUUCAGCUCACCGACGGAGGAUCCACCCUCACUAUAGUCAACGUGACUCGCUAUGACUGGGGACCGUUCAGGUGUCAUGCGUUCAAUCUUGUCAGUAAUGGCACCAGUGAUUCAGUGAACCUUACUAUCAGCUAUGGUCCAGAUGACAUGGCCCUCACUGUGAAUGGACAGAGCACGACCUCCUUUCCAGUUGGAUCCAAUCUGACCAUGCUCUGUUCAGCCCAGUCCAGUCCUCCAGCUCAGUUUCACUGGGCUGUCAGGGGAAAGCUUGUGAACACGACAGGUCCAAUGUUGGAGCUGUUCAGUGUCAGCAAGGACCAGAGUGGUUCAUAUUACUGUCUGGCCUUCAACAAUCACACCAACAUAAACAGCAGUAUCACCAAACACAUCACGAUAGGGGAGUCGUCAGGAUCUGAACAACAGACAGUCAGUGUGUGGCUUCUACGUCUGCUCUUAUUGUUUGGAUUCCUCCUCUAAUUGUCAGACAUGUUGGGACUAUUGUAAAGACAUGCAGAGAUUAAUAAAACUAACAUCACAAACAGUCUGAAUAACUGUUUCUCUUUCAGAUGUCGGUGGACGACUCUGAUGCAGUAAAAUAAAUUGAAACCUUU